GGCCGAUGCAAUAAAUUUUGUGCAGACCAAAGGUCCAAUCUAGUAGCAACGAAUAUCAAAGUCCACUUCAACCCUGGGGUCCAUUUGGUCCCUCAUUUGGCGCUGGUGACCGUAUGUAUUGAGCCGUUACACCGAGGACUGGGGACUGGAUUGCUGGCGCACGCUCGCGCACGUUGAACACAUCUGGGAUCUGGGGGGAUUAGGAAAGAGAUGAGACUGGGUUUAGAAAGAGGGCAGGGAUUACAGAGACAGCAGCUAAGUCAUGCAAUGCAGUCUCUUCCUCCUCUCCCCGGGCCUGCAAACGGGACUCUGGUGGUAAGCCCAAGUCGUCGUCCCCAACAGCAACAGAAUCUAUUGUUUCCCUGCUACCCUGGGGCGGCCAGUAGGGUGAGGAGUAGUAAGCGGCUGCAUGUCGGUGGCAAUAACAACAACAGUAAUAGUUUACACAAUGGUUUACCGGAACUCACCGCUUCUCCCUGCGUCGCGUACCGAACGUCUCGUCUCGUCUCAGCCGACGCGGCGGCGGGUUCGGGUUCGGGUUCGGCGUCCGGCGAGCUCCAAGAGAAGCGCGUGGGAUCAGCAGAGGCCGCGGCGCUGCUGCUGCCGGAUGGGCUGUCUCCGGAGGCGCUUCCUAGGCACGUGGCUGUGAUCAUGGACGGCAACGCGCGGUGGGCGCGCGCCAGGGGGCUUCCCGUGUCGGCAGGCCACGAGGCGGGCUAUCGCUCCCUCAAGCAGAUGGUCAAGCUCUCCCGCCGUUGGGGCAUCCGAGUGCUCACCGUCUUCGCCUUCUCUUCCGAGAAUUGGCUCCGCCCCAAGGCAGAGGUGGAUUUUCUCAUGAUGCUUUUCGAGGGCGUCCUCAGGGAGAAUAUUGGGGAUUUCUUGAGGGAGGGUAUUCGCAUUUGUGUAAUUGGUGACUCCUCAAAGCUCCCAAAUUCUCUACAAAAGUUGGCCAGAGAGGUAGAGGAGGCAACAAGAAACAACUCACAACUUGACUUAAUUGUGGCUGUUAGCUACAGCGGACGAAGGGACAUAGUGCGAGCAUGUCAAAGGAUUGCUGACAAGGUAAAAAAUAAGUUGGUUGACCCAGAAGACAUUACAGAAUUGUUAUUUGCACAAGAGCUAGAAACAAACUGCACUACUGAUUAUCCGUACCCAGAUUUACUUAUAAGAACUAGUGGUGAGCUGAGGUUGAGCAACUUCUUAUUAUGGCAGUCAGCAUACACAGAGCUUUUUUUUACAAGGACACAGUGGCCUGACUUUGGGGAGAUUGACUAUCUUGAGGCUUUAUGCUCUUUCCAGAACAGGGAGAGGCGGUUUGGUCAACGAGAUGUGUGAGAUUAUGCAUAAUGAUUUUUCGAUAUCAACAUUUUUUGCUCCUAUUUUGAUCAAAUGCAAGCUAUUGGAUAGCUAUACAUAUGGGUCUUGUGAUGUUGAAGGCAUAUUCUCUUCUUAUCUAUUUAAUAGUUGGGUUGUAUAAAAAUUAUAGAUCCACAUAGCUAGGAGGCGUUGAUGUGGCAAAUUCUGCCAGUAUAUGAUAGAUAAUCAAAGUUGGGAAAUAAUUUUGAAGUAUCAAUUGUUCAGAACAAUUAUUAAGGAGCAGAUGCGCAUUUGUUGGUGUGAUUUUGGUGUCUUCUCAAGGCUGGUGGCUCCGUAAAAUUUGUUAAUGCGAUUCGCUACUCUGAUCCAACCUGUCACCCCAACAUCUAACUUGGUUUGAGUUUUGCUUGUUCAUGGAGACCUGUAUUGAUGCGAUAUCUGAGCAUCAAGCAUGGAAAGGUUCUUCGAAGAAUCCUCUCUGCUCAACUUUGAAUUCAUCUAACUGGUAAAUAAUUUUGGUUUUGAAGGUCUUGGGGUGGUUGUGGCAGUAGUGGAGAAAUUGGUUCGACAUUCGUCUUUGAGAACAUGUUUGUCAAUGAUACACAUCAAUUAUUGUAUAGAAGUUUUGCUUGUUCAAAUAGUGAAUAUUGUUGCUCAAAACUAAUAUUGAAA